AUGGCUUCAAAGAUUAAAGCAUCAACUGCUUUAUUUCUCUCCUUCAACCUUCUCUUCUUUGCAACAGUAAGUUCUUCCGAUGACCCCUACGAUAAUGAUUCCUCAAAUGGAGUCGGAGGAAACUCCAAUAAUGGAAAUUCCCAGGGUUCUUAUACAACAACAAAUUCCAGGAACCCUGUUGUUAUCCGUCCUGGAGACAGGCGCAACAAUCUUAAUCUGCUGGGUUGUUUGGUGAAUCUUGACCUUGGCAACGUACCAACCCAGCCAUGCUGCACUCUGAUCCACGGGUUGGCUGAUGUUGAAGUUGCUCUUUGCCUUUGCACAGCCAUCAGAGCUAAUGUUUUAGGCAUUAACCUCAACCUUCCUAUUUCAUUAAGUCUCCUACUCAAUAACUAUGGAAGGGAGAACCCUAGUGAAUACAUUUGCAGCCCAUGA